GCAUGUGUGUCAGGCUAAACUGUCCCGUCACAGUUGACAGCAAUGGAAGACAGACCGAGCAGAGGCAGGGGAGGCAGCUGGAGAAGAGGCGGCCGGGGUGGGAACGACGGCGACAGUCAUGGCGGUGAACACCGGGGAAGAGGGAGAGGAGGCCAGCACCGCGGCCGGGGAAGGAGAGAUCACUACCGCGGUCGUGGACGCGGGGGGAGUGCCCAUGCAGCGGAGUUCCAUCACCGGGAUCGAGAUGAAGGGGACGACUUCCAGGAUGAGGCAGACCGGGCGGAGGUUUUCUCCAGGAGGAAACUGGAGUCAAACUGGGACAGAUAUGCUGAGUCAGAGAGGAAGGAGCCUGAAGAUGACAUGCCUACUCAGAGAGGAACAGACUACCACGUCCUGCUUGAGUCAGCAGGGGAUUCGUUCACUCAAUUCCGCUUUUCAGAGGAAAAGGACUGGGAGAUGGACUCAUUUGGAGGCAACCAGAUGUCUGCUGCGUUUGUGGACCUCCCGGCGCUCGCUCAGAGCCUCCAACAGCUGCCUCUGCAUCAGAGACUCAACCUGGAGGCCGAGCUGCUUCAGGUGUCCACACCAGUCGAGCUGCCCUCUGUGACCCUCUCUCUGAAGCCGGAGAUGCCAAAAGUGUCCACGUUCACUCCUCCGUCUGCAGCUUUAAAAGUCCUCAGCACCAACCAGGAAGUGACCGUAGCUACAAACCCAGCGUCAGGCACAGGCUCAAAGGUUUCCUCAAACACUGCACAGCCUAAGCCAGAGGAUGAUGGUGAUGAAGAGCUGGAUCAGCUGCUCAGUUUACAGAAACCGGUCCAGGUUGUUUCAGGAAACCAGCCUGUCAGUGUGUCAGAGGAGAGAGCAGCUCCAGAGGAAGUGUGUGACGAGGUGAAGGAGGUGGCACCGGAGGUGAAAGAAGAGAAGAUAGAGGAGGUGAAAAACAAAGAUGUCACACCUCCCUCUGCUUGCGUCAAGCAGGCAGUGACGGAGGAAGACCUGGAGGACUGGCUCGACAGUAUGAUCUCCUGACCAUGAAGACUCUGAGGAGAGACUGGAUUAUGAACAGAGGUCUAUCAAAACAAACUGGACUUUGCAUUUCAGUCGAAAGUUCUCCAUGUAAACAUUUCUCAACUUCUAAUCAAAACAUUCAGACUAACUGUGUAAAGUUUACAUGCUGGACUGAUGUCAGUGAAGGACUUGAUGGUUCGUCUGUCGCUUGAUGAAAACGUGGCGUCAGGUAAUUUGUUAGUCUAGUUUUGGGGUGUUAGAGAUGGGACAGUAUGUUUGUGAGAAUGUGUCAUAAUGUUCCCUCUUCUCUUCAUGUUUCCAAGGAUUACUUUGUGCUCCUUGUGAGAGUGUGAAAGUUACACACAAUAAGAGUGUCGCCUUGUCGUCACAAAGAUCUCAGCCACUGAAGGGACGGACGACACUUCUGGCUUUAUUGCGUCAAUUACUUUAUUCAUUUCCUCCCCCUCGUCAAAAGAAAUGCAGGUUUUUACCAAAGCUACUACAUACAUACAAAUGGCCAUACAGUAGCAGUUAACCAUUCUGUUCGCCAAUAAACCCUUGAACCAACUGUA